GGCACGCGGAGCUAGUCAUCUGGGGAAGCUUCAGCAACAAAUUGUGGCAAACGGACCAAGUCAUGGUGACAGAACGACCUCGGCUUUCCAUGGCGACGUGAGAACUUUAUUCCUCACUCCCCCCUUUCCCCCCACUCCUCUUUUUAUUUUAGAUGUUUUUCAGCGGGAUCGUGCUUCCUUGGGAAAUUAUCCACCGUUUCCCUUUUCAAUUAUGUUCACUUUUGCUGCCUUCUGCUACAUGCUGUCUCUGGUCCUCUGUGUAUCUCUCAUCUUCUUCGCAAUAUGGCACAUAACAGCUUUUGAUGAGCUCCAGGCUGACUUCAAGGUGCCGAUUGAUCAGGGAAAUCCACUCCAUGCGAGGGAGAGACUGCGAAACAUUGAGCGGAUCUGCAAUCUGCUGAGGAAGUUGGUGCUGCCAGAGUAUUCCAUCCAUGGGCUGUUUUGCAUCAUGUUCCUGUGUGCCCAAGAGUGGCUGACUGUGGGACUCAACAUCCCUUUGCUCUUCUACAACACAUGGAGUAGGUACUUCCAUUCCCCAACGGACACUAAGGAGCUUCUCUAUGACCCUGCAUCUGUGAUGAAUGGUGACACGCUCAAGUUCUGCUUGAAGGAGGCCUGGUGCAAGCUGUCCUUCUUCGUCCUCUCCUUCUUCUACUAUCUCUACUGUGUGUGGAACCUGGAAAUAUCCCUCUAAUAGGUGUUAUCAAUGGGAACUCUUAAAGUAUGAUCUACUCCUUGGUUACCUCAUAACAACGGCUUUAUCAGCAACCAGGGA